AUGUGGACAAAUAUAACGAGGCGGGGUAAACGUUUUGCCCGAACAAGCCAGGUGUCCGAUGAGAUAAGAAUACCUGAAGAUAAAAUAGAAAUUAGUAUAACUUCUGCAGACAAAAUACCAAAACAGUUUGGACUUGCCAAGUUGUUAAAAUUAGAAAACAUCCCGGACAUUACAAAAAUUAAAUACAUUAACGCAUUCAAAGUUCUUAUCCAAUUUAGUAACGAAGAAAGUGCAAAUAAACUGAUAGAAUCUCAAUAUUUUAAAGAAAAAGGACUGAAAUGCCAAAAAACACUAGAGAUAAAAGAAAGUUAUGGUGUUAUUAAAGAUAUAGACUUAGAUUCAUCGGAGGAAGAAAUACUCGAGGGUUUAACUUGUGAUACUGAGAUAACAGGUAUUAAGAGAUUAAAACGUCGUAACACAAAUAGUGGCCUGUGGGAACCUGGAGAAACAGUCAGAAUAACUUUUAAAGGAUCAUCCUUACCUGCCUACGUAUACAUAUUUGAAACUAGGAUAAAAGUUAGUCCUUAUCAAUUUCCCGUAACUCAAUGUUCUCGUUGUUGGAGAUUCGGGCACACAGUCCGAGUUUGUUCAUCUGUUAAAGAGAUCUGUCCUAAAUGUACCCAGUCUCACCCCAAUUGUGACACUGUAAGCUACAAGUGUAAUAAUUGCUCUGGUAAACACAUGGCACUGUCUCGUACAUGCCCAAUAUAUUUAAAAGAAAGGAAAAUAAGGGAAUUAAUGGCGGAGUUUAAUUGCACUUACAAAAGAGCUCUAACACUUUACGUCCCCCCUGAACCAAAUAACGUGCAAAAGUUACAAGGAAGAGUACAAGAUACGGAAAUAGAACAUCAGGUGUUAAACCAAAGUACAGACACAGAAAAAAGAUCUGCAUCACAAAAUAAAAACACAUAUGCUGACACAGUUAAGAAAGUAAAGAAGAAGGCUACUAUAACACAAAAAUACUGUAACAAAAGGAGAACGCGAAGAAAAAACAGAAAUCAGAUACGGUGUUUAACUGGACGACUUUGA